UGUCUGUGGGAACUUUGGUGGAAUCCCCAAUGGAAAUCUUGGUGGAAACAUUGGCGGAAACCUCGGUGGAGGGCCAGUGAUGUCACCUUGUUCAGCAAUCGCCAUGUGAGGGCUGCUUGCAGUUCUGCAACGGAGGCUGUGGCAUGGGAGGAUGUGAUUGUCAACAGAGAUGUGGUAAUGUCUGCGGAAACAUCGGAGGAGGUCCAGCGCAAUCGCCAUGCGAUAACUGUCUGCAGUCAUGUUAUGUCGGAUGCGGAUCAGGCAACUGCCCUUGCCCACAGAUGUGCAGUGGUAUUUGUGGAGGUGGUGCCACUGGGCCUGUUGGUCCUCAGUAUCCUGAGACUGGACCUGUUGGUCCUCAGUAUCCUGAGACUGGACCUGUUGGUCCUCAGUAUCCUAUCGGAAGCUGCCCAGAUCAGUGCAUGCAGCAGUGCCAUGUGU